AUGGGAAAAUCGAAAGCGCAUCCAAACACUGACGUGAAAAUAGAAGUUGAUGAAGAUGUAAAGCCAUUGGUAAAUGAUUUAGCUGAUACUAGUGUACUGGGAACGCCGAUGUCAGCUAAGGUUGGACAGGAUGAGUAUGAAGAACUUUGUACUAUGGUUAAUGCUAUUGCCCAACCACUUGCUCCAAGAAAAGUGGCAAAGAAAAUUUACAAACUGAUAAAGAAGGCUUCUAAAGAUAAGCAAUAUUUGAGGCAAGGGAUGUGCGACGUACAAAAAGCUUUGAGAAGGAAUGAAACUGGUAUCGUUGUGCUUGCAGGUAAUGUAUCACCAAUAGAUGUUUAUUCACAUAUCCCAUGCAUAUGUGAGGAAAAAGAUAUUCCAUAUAUAUUUACACCAUCGCGCGAGCAUCUCGGAUUGGCUACUGGUCACAAAAGGGCUGCUAUACUACUUCUCAUAAAAGAACAUGAAGAUUACGCAGAUUUGUUCCAUGAAGUAUCUGAAUUAAUUAAGAGGAUCGCACCUGAUAUUUAA